AUGACAUACAACUGUGGGCCUUUCUAUCUGACAACACUGACUUUCCCCAAUCCAAUGUUUGUUCACCGAGAUGCACGAGAUAAACAUCCAACUACUCUGGCAGGAAUAAUGACAAGUGCUAGCAGGGAAGUGGAAGAUUACGAGUACCUCGCUGCAAAUCUAAAAAGGAAGGGAAUUCACACCCUUACAUACGGAACUGAUGGAGAAACCCCUUUGGGAACAGGCUUUGAGAAGGUGUUUCCAAUACAUGGAAUGCCAGCCGGUGACACCAAUAUCCACCUUCGUUGUUUUGACCAUGUUAAAACAAACAUUUCACUGAAAUUAACAGCAUUGAAAGUACCACGAUCAAAACAAAAAGAAAUAAUACGUGAGCUCUUAGGCGCCGAGCACAAUGGAAAGCGGAUUAUGGGUCUGGUAGAUUCCCCAACAGAAGAGGAUUUUGAGAAGGAAUUAAAGGUUGCCGAGCGACAGUGGCCAAAACAAUUCGUUGAAUGGCUUCACUCGAGUGAAGGACGUCUUCGUCCGUUAUCUGAAAGUAUGAAGAAAUGUAUGUUGAGACCUGUUCGUGUCGCCGCUGGCCUUGGAAACCCACCAAACAAGUGGCAAAACCAGAGAACAGAAGCUUGCAACAACGGUAUUAAAGAGGAGAUAUCCAGACAGAAAACAGUCCAGGUGACUAUACACGAACUAAUUGAGAGUCGUGUAGUGCAAGCUCAUCUCGACGAACUGGUCAAGGCUAUCUAUCAGAUGGGGGAAUAUCGUCUGUCUGAAAGUUAUAGUCACCUUCAGGUGAAUCCAUUACAGUGGUCACAAAUGACACCUCAGCAACGCGACGCAAGAAUUAAAAAGGUCUUGGGUUGUACCCUUCCCAGCAAAAGAACGGAUGAAGCAAUCACGAGAAAGCUGUCAAUAGGCCUUGCCGAAUCCCAGCUCACAGUGCACUUUCCCUCUUAUGAGCUAAAAGAAAUAUGGAGGAGAGCGGAGAUCAUAUUAUCUCAUUACAAAGUCAUAGAGUUAGAAAAUGACAACUUUUGCGUGACUGAGUUUGCUAGCAGCUACACGGUGGAGACCAAGAAUGAAAAGAUAUCAUGUGACAAGAGCUGCAAAUGCUUUCGCGAUAGUGGUGGUUUGUGCCAUCACUUUCUUGUUGUUACAGAGGAAAUUGAAAAGAUCCGAGGCUUCAUCGAUUCUUACAAGAAAUCUAGUAACAAACUGGGCAAGAUCAUAAACGCAAACCUCCCUAAACAGCUUGGAGGAAAGCCAAAUCAACAAAAGAAACCAAGAAGAGGGAAAAACAAUGUGAGCCAGGAACCAGUCCUGUUAGAGGAAGACUAUUCCGACAUGAUGGCACCAAAACCAAUGAGGUACACCAAAUAUUACCAAAAUGACGAGCCCUUCUAUGUAGUAUUCAUUCACGACUACGCGAACGCAACAAAAUGUAUCGGUUGCACAAAUGAGUUCCCCAAGCUGGUGCAGAUAGCACCCUACGACAUUGCCAUACUUCACGAGGAGCGUUACUGCUACCCAAAAAAAGAUGAUCAAGGGAAUGUUGAAAUGGUACCAACUCAUAAAAAGAAGGCAAAGAGGUUUUACUGCGUAGAUAAAGAGUGUAUUCUUCUAAGGCACCCUUAUUUCUGGAGAGGUUUGGUAAUUGUCUCUACCAAUGUCCAGGGGCGCUUGAAAGAGAGUCACAAGGAUCUUCUA